CUUUGUAAAUGGUCGAUUUUCCCGUUUGGCCGUUCUCCAUUCGUCGCGAGUGUGAUAUUUUUUGUUAAACGUGCUUUGUUCAAAUCCUUAUCAUUACUUUAAUAUUAGAUAAUAAUAUUAUUUUUUAUUUAAGACUUUGAAGUUUUGCCGCAAUUGUUAUUAUUUUAUAAUUAUUAUUAAAACGUCGUAAGUGGAACUUUGCGUUUAGACGGGAGCCAUCUUGCAAUCUAAUCAAAGGUCCUUGGUUCACAGUUUCGUUGUCUAGUUUAAAAGUUGGCUUAAUUCAUCAUACAGAAAUCAAAUGGCGUUAAAACGAAUCAAUAGGGAAUUACAAGAUCUGGGCAGAGACCCUCCAGCACAAUGCUCUGCGGGCCCUCAUGGAGAAGAUCUAUUUCAUUGGCAGGCCACAAUAAUGGGUCCAGUUGACAGUCCCUAUCAAGGAGGAGUGUUUUUCUUAACUAUACAUUUUCCAACAGAUUAUCCUUUUAAACCACCAAAAGUUGCGUUCACAACACGUAUCUACCAUCCUAACAUAAACAGUAAUGGUUCUAUUUGUCUUGACAUUUUACGCUCACAAUGGUCUCCAGCUUUAACUAUAUCUAAAGUGUUGCUGUCAAUCUGCUCACUGCUAUGUGAUCCAAAUCCUGAUGACCCUUUGGUGCCAGAAAUUGCUAGGAUCUACAAAACAGACAGAGAAAAGUACAAUGAAUUAGCUCGAGAGUGGACAAGGAAGUACGCCAUGUGAUGAGUCAAUUGUGACUUCAGCUAAACAUAUACAAACACAUCGCCACACUCCUGGCUCCACUUCCUCUUCAUCUUUCCCUCUCCAUUUGUAAAUCUCUUUCUAAAUUACUGGUACUUUGAAAUCACAGACACACAGUAACAACUGAUUUUUGAUUGUCAUUGAUAUUGAUACUGAGAUUGAUUCUUAGUUAUGAUUUAAAUGUUUCUGUUCAUAUAUUGUAAGUAACAUUUUAUAUAACAAGUUAAUGCAAAGAUUUCUGUUAAAAAAUUGAUGUGUCCGUAGAUAUCUUACACUCAUUUAGUUAAAAUUAGUUAAAUUUAUAUUGAAUACAUGUAAUUCCUCAAGAAUUUGUACUUUAACUAGAUCUAAAUUGCAUUGUGAAAUUACCAUAGGCCAUAUGUUAGGAAUGGAGCUACAUACAUGCUUUUUGAUUGUUCUCAUGAUUAUGAUUUGUCACUGAAAGUUGGAGCUCAUUAUUGUUAAGAACAUUCUGGUUAAUGUAAGUUAUAUUAUAACAUAAUGAGCUUGAUGAUGGAGUCGAGAAAAUGUAAAUUUUUUUCAACUUAUUAAGUUAGUAAAUGUAGAAUGCUGCUGAACAGACUGAUGUUAAUGGAAGUGUUACGUUUUCUUUCAUCCACAAUAUGUCAAGUUUUAGAAGCUCCAAUAGUUAAACAUACAGUAUAAAUUACAGUGUAUCUCAUAAGAUGAUAAGUUAUGAUUAAUCUAGAUUGUUUUUCAAUAUGGCAUUCUUUAUAUUAUAAUUUUAUCUAAUAUAUAUUGUGGUUGUAAGGACACCUGCAUUAUGAUUUCCGAAUUAUCCUUUCCGUUGAAGCUAUUCCGAAUCCCUUAUUAUUUAAUAGCACUGGCAAGUGAAAGCAUUUAUGGAAAUAGUGGCAUUGUGAUGUGGUACUUUACAGCUGUAAGAGAAAGGUUUGUUCACUGAUAACUCUGGGAGAGGCAAACUAAUGCUUUUUACUGUAAUCCAAUCAAUAAGAUAUUUUUAGCUUCACUAAAUUGUAAGAAACAAUAAAUUAUUGUGUAUGUAAAUAAUAA